AUGGCUUCGGCACCCGCAGUUUCUUGCUUUGGCAAGAAAAAGACAGCCACCGCUGUGGCAUAUGCCAAAGAAGGAAAAGGUUUGAUCCGCGUUAACGGUCAACCUUUGAACAUCAUGGAACCAGAAUCUCUUCGCUGGAAGAUCUACGAGCCAGUCUUGGUCGUUGGUGAAGACAAGUUUGCUACUGUCGACAUCCGCUGCCGUGUUUCUGGUGGUGGUCACGUUUCUCAAGUUUACGCUUUACGUCAAGCCAUCGCCAAGGCUUUGGUCGCUUACUACGCCAAAUACUACGAUGCCGCCUCUGCUUUGGAGUUGCGUCAAUUGUUUGUUGCAUACGACCGUACCUUGUUGAUCGCUGAUACUCGCCGUAUGGAGCCCAAGAAGUUCGGUGGUCGUGGUGCACGCGCACGCCGUCAAAAGUCUUACCGUUAA